AUGUACACCACCCCCUCUGCGGAUCCCGAGGUCUCAUCCGACAUCGACAGCUUCCUCGGGUUCGCGACGUUACUCGCGUUCGCCCGGGGCGGGUUCAACGUCGAGCUCGCACUACGCGUGUACCGGAACAUCACGACCGACGUCUACAUCACCAGUACCUCGUACCGCGAGGUUCCCGUCCUACCUCGGGAGGAGGACCGCGACGAGGACGAGGGCGACCCUCUACGCCCCCGGGCCACCGCUACCCUCCUCCGCGACAUCCCUCACUUCUUCGCCGGGCGCCUCUUUAACGCUCGCGACAUCGAGGUCUACUUCCUCUUCCCGCACCUCCCGGUCGACGGGGAAUUUAUCGGAUUAAAGCAGCAGCAGUUAUACCGCUGGUUCGACCGUAUCUUCCUCCCGGCCCUUACAUCCAUUGCUCCCGCGUACAUCCUCCAGCACAUCCCUAGGUCUCUCCGGUAG